ACGUUUCGGUUUGACAGUUUCAGUUUUAUUAUUAUCUCUCGAUUUUAUUAAUUACUAGAAAGUAAAUUAAAAUCUUAGCUUAGUAUUGAUGUAAUAUUUAGGUUGUAGUUAGACGAAUUAUAUUUUUGUGAAUCAGCACCUUUGAAUAAAGGUGUUCUGAUUAAAAUAUUUUUGACAUUUGGAUGUCGUGAGAUGCUCAUAUGAUAUUAAAAUCUAUAAUAUUUAGAUUAGUUCUAUAGCGAAGUAAAGAUGAGCGCAGGCGGAGGACAGGCUGUAAAUAAUGCACCACCCGGAGUAAACAAUGAGAAUAACGUUAAUCAUGUGCAUGUUGGACCAAUGCUCCAACCUCCACCAAAUAAUCGUAGGUUUCAGAAUCAGAACCCAUUAUUCAGCGUGAGAGAGAGGUUGUUCCAUGCACUGUUUUUUAAGUUUGCUGUAGCUUAUGCUCGAACAUUUCCGAGGCCUGUGCGGAGAUUCUUUGAAUUCCUUGUGCUGUUAAAAGCGCUAGUCGCUUUCUUUGUUCUUGCAUACAUCCACAUAGCAUUCUCUAGAACGCCUACAACAUGCUUGAAUCAUGUGAAAGACUCGUGGCCUAGAGAUGGUAUAUUACGAGUGGAAAUCUUGAGAAACCCCUCCGAGGACUAUACCAUUGAACAGAGCUAUGCAAAGGAACGAAGGUUGAAAAAAGACAAAGAAGAAAUUACUACUAUGCUUGGAAUGUUAACAACUGAAGGAUUCAUCACGAUUGAGUCGUCUGCUGAUGAAGACACCAAUGAAGAUGAAUACAUAAGAGAUGGCACAGAUUACGGCAAUAUUACACGUGUUCACGAAGAAGGUCAAGACGACACAGAAAGCAGACAAGUGAUCGAAACUUCUUACAUAAACACAGGCCCGGAUCUCAUAUCGACUGAUGAUACUGUUGAUUUGAAUGCCACAAUUGUUGCAACGGAAGACUUGGAGCAGCCAUCUUCUUCCAUAUGGGAAGGCUUUAUGAGCUUUGUAGAUGAAAUAGAAGGGAAAAAAUAUAUGAAGACAAGUCUUGAAGUUCCUGCUGCAAAUGAAUCUUCAAAAGAUGAAGAUUACAUUCUGGAAUAUUCCCUGGAAUACGGGUUCCUACGUCUAUCGCCUAGUGCCAGACUAAGACUGAAGAUCCCAGUCAAAAUCGUUACGUUAGAUCCUCAAGAGGACAAAUGCUUCGGCGAUACGUUCUCGCGGUUCGUGCUUGACGAGUUUCUGGGAUACGACGACUUGCUGAUGGCUUCUAUAAAGACUUUGGCUGAGAAUGAGGAUAACAAAGGGUAUUUGAGGAACGUGAUCACCGGGGAGCACUACCGCUUUGUGUCCAUGCUGACCGCACGCAGCUCAUACGUAGCAGCUUUCUUCAUCAUGCUCGUCUUUACUGUCUCAAUCUCUAUGUUGCUGCGCUACGCCCAUCACCAGAUUUUCGUGUUCAUUGUGGAUUUGCUGCAAAUGCUAGAGUUUAACGUCACCGUGACGUUCCCGGCGGCACCGCUACUCACCGUCAUACUGGCGCUCGUUGGUAUGGAAGCCAUCAUGUCGGAGUUUUUCAACGACACCACGACGGCUUUCUACAUCAUCCUCAUCGUGUGGAUCGCGGACCAGUACGACGCGAUCUGCUGUCACACUGCAAUUGCUAAGAGACAUUGGCUGAGAUUCUUUUACCUCUACCACUUUUCGUUCUACGCAUACCACUACCGCUUCAACGGGCAGUACAGCAGCCUGGCGCUGGUCACCUCAUGGCUGUUUAUACAGCACUCCAUGCUGUACUUCUUCCAUCACUACGAGCUCCCGGUGAUACUACAGCAGGCCCAACUACAGCACCUGUUACUGAGGACGCAUCGAGGCAUGGGUAUGAUGGGUCUCGCCAAUAUUGCCGCUCUCGCCAGCGGAGCGGCAUACCACGACGCACCGGGUGGCACGGGCACUGGCACGCAAGCCACACCCCCCACAACCCAGUCCACUACCCAAACUGUUCAAAACACCGUCCAGUCUACUACGCAAACGUCACCAUCUGUCUCCACAGCUCAAACUAACACCACUCAUACAGGUGACGUCAUAUCAUCCAGAUCAACCUCGACUGAAACUGUCGCAGCAGGCACAAACACAAUUUCGUCCGUCGAAAGCGAUGACGCGCCUGCUGCUCCUACGAUAGAUAGCAGAAGCGACAAACACGUUGCAGCAGUCGGUCAAGUUAUCAGAAUCGAAGAAAUCGCAACAUUAACAAACCCGAAGGCGAUCAGAGAGGGUUCUACCGGCCAUUCCACUAGUGUCGGCCUUGAGAAUGAGCAGGUCCAUUCCUCAAGUGCUGCUCAGGCCGUGAAUGUAAGUCCAGUUGAGACCCUGGACCGCAGACGGAACAAAGGCGUCGGCACAGACCAGGGUGAUCCCCCCUUACUGCCAGAGCCGUCGGACUCUAGCAGAAUCGCUCCCAGAGCCUCGCCCGAGGCCGACGACUUAGAUUAACAUACAGUACUUCUAAUCAAUAGUUGCAUUCAAUAUCUAUGUAUUUUCGAACUUUUGCAGCUUAUGUGAAAAGUUAUGACGCGUUAGAGUGAAAUAUUCUAUAAUAGAUACUUAAAACAUGGACUUAUCUAGUUAAGGAAGAUUUGUCGUUAACGUAAGAUGGUGGAAUCGUCACAAUGAAGAAUUAUACAAAGUGAUUUAUGUUCCGUACGAGUUAUUUUGUAGAUAACUUAUUUCUGAAAGGUGAUUGUAGUGUUUAAGACUAUUACUAUGCUGCCAUUGUAACAGCAAUAUGUAAAUAUUUAUGUAACAAUAAAUAAAUAAUAGAAUCUUAAAUUGUGUUACAUAGAGUUUGUAAUAUGUUAUUUUCAUAUGCUUUGAGCGCAGACGUGGCAGACUCUUCAGUGAUUUAGUUUAUUGCAAUAAAAUAUUUUUGUUCA